CCCCAUAGUAGAUACUUAACACACAUGUACCCCUAUUUUUAUUUAAAUUUUUAAACAACUAUUUGUUCUUUAAGCUCGAAAAUAACAUUUGAGAUGAAAGUAACAUAGAUGCAGUUAAUAAAACACUAUGAGCUGACUACAGUCCUAUAUCUAUCAUACCAAUUAUCGCUAAUCCAUAGCAACAAUGUCGAAAACAAUGUAAAAUUGAUCGAGCGCUUGUAAGAUAUAAACAACAUGGCGAGUCAAAGUGAUAUAAUGUUAUGGGUAAAAAAUAUAAGCUAGUAAAUCAAUGCUAUAACUAUGCUACCUUAUAAUAUUUCUAUAUGUGAUUAGGCUAUCAGCCUUUUCUAUUCUGUUGUUAAAAAAAUUCUUUUCAAAAAAUGUCGUCAGAAAAGGUUCUUUAUCAGCUGUAUCAACCUCAUGGUCCUGGUACUGUUUUUAUUUCAUGGCGUCCUGGAAACAGUACUCAUUUAGCAACUACUGGAUAUGAUUCCUCAGUUGCUAUAUUUGACAGGCAAGGUGACUUAAAAGAACGUAUUCAAAUUGGUGGUUUAUGUGCUGGUUUUGGAUGGGAUUCUGAUGGAGAUUUAUUAGCUAUCACAUCACAAAAUUCUUCUACUAUCACAUUAUGGGAUGCGACAACUGGAAAGAAAUCACAAAUAGAUGCUGGUGUAAGAGAUGGGUUAACAUGUAUGAUGUGGGCAAAAAGAACUUGCUUGUUAGCAGUAGGAACACAGAAAGGAAAUUUAGUACUUUAUGACCACAUUAAUGCUAAACGAAUACCAAUUUUGGGAAAGCAUAAAAAGAAGAUAAUUUGUGGUACUUGGUCUUAUGAAGGGCUUCUUGCCUUAGUCAGUGAAGACAAAGUUUUAACUAUUAGCACUAGUGAUGGAGAUACUCGCCGUGAAAUACCACUACAAGGUGAUGCUUCUGACAUUCAGUUUAAUGAAAUGAAAAUGGACCACAGAAUUGGGGGUGAAAAUACUGUAUCUCUUAUUAUCAGUAAGACUACUUUGUUCUUGUAUAAUGUUUUGGACCCAGAAAAUCCUAUUGAACUAGCUUUUCAAAAACGUUAUGGUCCAAUUGUUACUUACAAAUGGUAUGGAGAUGGGUACAUUUUAGUUGGUUUUGAAACUGGAUAUUUUACUGCAAUUUCGACACAUAUUAAAGAAGUUGGCCAAGAGUUGUUUCAAAUUAAAAAUCACAAAGAUUCAUUAACUGAUUUAGCAAUCAGUGAAGUAAUGGGGAAAGUUGCUACAUGCGGGGAUAAUACUAUAAAGAUACAUAAUCUACAAAGUUUAGAAGAGACUGAAAAAUUAAUUACAAUAAGUGGUGAAACUGGAAUCAGUAAAGUAGAAUGGUCAACAGAUGGAACAAUGGUAGCAGCUGUUACAUACAGUGGCAGUGUUUUAGUAUAUUUGAUACAAAUUCCAAAACUAGUUAGUGUUUGUGGAAAUAGAAUUGCAUUACUCACUAGUUUAACAGAAGUAGCAGUUUAUCUUUAUACUUUAGAUAAAGAGAAACCAGAACCAAUAAUAAUUAACACUAUAAUAGAACCGUCGGUAUUAGCAAUAGGUCCCAUGCAUGCAGCAGUAGGUCUAAAUAACAGAGCACUGUUUUGGGACGUAUCUGAAACUCAUUAUAAUAAUGUGGUACACUUUGAAAGAGAUUACUUGGCAACAAUCGAUAGCAUACGAUUAAACGAAACUUAUGUGUCUGUUUUGUUUGAUGGAAAAUUACAGUUGCACUCGAUUAAAGUAGAUCAGCAACUAACAAAGGAAGGGAAAGAUACAAAGAUAUUUCCAGAUUUAAGUUCUUCAGAUUUUAGAAUAACGUGCCAUGCUCUUAGUACCGACUUCUUAGUUUACGGUAGUGAUAUGGGUCACAUAAUUUUCUUUUGCCUAGAAGUUUUUAAUCAGUGUUUGGAAUACGUACAUAAUAAUAGCAUAACGGAAAUCUACUUAGAUGCGAAUGGAACGCAAUUAUGUUUUAUAGAUAGUAAACUUGACGCUUAUCUAUAUAAUCCUAUGCAAGAAACUAUUUUACAAAUUCCCGAUUGUCCAGACUGUAUUCAAGGCAUAAUUUGGGAUCAAAAUAUUUUGGAGCGUAAUAUAUUCGCUGCGUACAAUAAGAGUUCCAUUACUAUGUACAUAUUUGUAAAAUACUUUAUUGAAGGUACAAAAAUGAUAAAAAUAGAUACUAUGAAACUACCGUCUGAUACAUUACCAUUGUUAAUGUACUCUGGAGAACUAACGCUAAGUUCAUCAAGCAAUAAGUUAGUUCAAAUUACAUUGUCUUCUCACGAAGAUAUAGGAAACAUCGUGGAACCUAGAAAAAUGGAAAAAAUUUUAGAAACACAAAUUCUGUGUAGAAGAUUUCAGCAAGCAUGGAAUACUUGUGAAAAAAUUAAUCAAAAAGAAUCGUGGGUGAUGCUAGGAGAAAGUGCAAUUGCAAACUUGAACAUCAAAUUCGCAAUUCGUGUAUAUCGAUAUCUUGAAGAUGCUGCAAUGGUAUGGGCAUUACAAAACAUGCAAAAUAUAGAUGAAUUAUCAUUAUUAUGUGGCCACGCAUGUGUCUUACUUGGUGAAUACAACCAAGCAGAAAAAUUUUUUUUACAAUCAUCAGAACCAGUAGAAGCAUUAUAUUUAAGAAGGGAUUUAAUGCAGUGGGAGCAAGCAUUAAAUUUGGCACAAAAGUUGAAAGCUGAUGAAAUUCCUUAUAUUGCUAGAGAAUAUGCUCAACAGCUUGAAUUCACGGGUAAUUACCCGAAAGCUUUGACAAAUUAUGAACGAGGAUUAGUAAUUUCAAAUACUUCACCUAACAUAACUACACAUAAUCCGCAUCAUAGAAAUUUAUGUCUUGCUGGAGUUGCAAGAAUGUCAAUUAGAUGCGGUGACAGCAGAAGAGGUGUAAGCAUAGCUAUGGAUAAUGAAAGUUCAAGGCAACUACGAAAAGAAUGUGCAGAAAUAUUGGAGUUAAUGAAACAAUUUAAUGAAGCUGCAUUACUGUACGAGAAAGCUGAAUAUUUUGAUAAAGCAGCAUCCGCGUAUAUAAAACUAAAGAACUGGCAAAAAGUCGGGCAACUUUUGCCACAAAUAUCAUCCGCUAAGAUUAAUGUACAGUAUGCGAAAGCCAAAGAAGCGGAAGGCAAAUAUGAUGAGGCAGCAAAAGCAUACGAGACUGCAAAGGAUUAUGAAAACAUAAUUAGGAUUAAUUUGGAACAUCUAAACAAUCCUGCACGAAGCGUUGAAGUGGUACAACAAACUAAGAGUAUAGAAGGAGCUAAAAUGGUUGCAAAAUAUUUUCAAAAAAUGAAUGACUAUAAUUCAGCGAUUAAAUUUUUGAUUUUAUCGAAUUGUCAUGAUGAAGCGUUCCAAUUAGCUAAUCAACACGGGAAGAUGGAAUUGUAUGGAGAAAUUCUGAUAAAUACAAUCGACGAUAGCAAUGAACGAAAAGAAGAUUUCAAAAGUCUCGCGAUGUAUUUCGAGACCCAAAAGAAUAAUCUUUUAGCGGGAAAAUAUUAUUUUCAUGCUAAGGAAUAUCAGAGGGCAUUAAGGCAUUUAUUGAAAGCUGCACAGUUAAUAACUGAUGAGAAUGAAGUUCUCAGUUUAGCCAUUGAUACAGUUGCUUCUUCAAAAGAUGACAAAUUAGCAAAUCAGCUAAUAGACUUUUUACUAGGAGGAGAUGGAUUGCCGAAGGAUCCAAAAUACUUGUUUCGAUUGUACAUGGCUAGAAAACAGUACAAAGAAGCUGCGAAAACAGCAAUUAUAAUUGCAAAUGAAGAACAAGUUAAUGGAAAUUAUAGAAAUGCACACGACGUUUUGUUUAGCAUGUAUCAAGAAUUAAAAAGGAACAAAAUUAAUAUACCUUCAGAAAUGCAAAAUAAUUUAAGGCUCUUGCAUUCGUAUAUUCUCGUUAGACUUCACGUAAAAAAGAGUGAUCAUCUACGUGGUGCUCGGAUGCUAAUAAGAGUGGCUAAUAAUAUAUCAAAAUUUCCAUCGCACAUCGUUCCAAUCUUAACGUCUACUGUAAUUGAAUGUCAACGAGCUGGAUUAAAAUAUGCUGCGUUCAAUUUUGCUGCUAUGUUAAUGCGUCCAGAAUAUCGAAAUCAAAUUGACGCUAAGUACAGUAAAAAAAUUGAAGCAAUUGUACGGAAACCACCGAAAUCAAAAGAUAAUGAAGCCGAAGAUGAACCAUUGACUCCGUGUCCUUACUGUAAAAGUAAACUUCCAGAAACAGAAGUUACCUGUGAUAAGUGCAAAAAUACGAUACCUUUUUGUAUAGCUACAGGACGACAUAUCGUAGAAGACGAUUUUACCGCCUGUCCACAAUGCGAUUUUCCUGCUAUAAGAAGUGAACUUUCAAGGAUCGUCGAAUCUGAACAAACUUGUCCAAUGUGUUCAGAGAAGGUAGAUGUUAACAUGAUUCCAUCCAAUCUUAAUAUCCGUCCAUAUCUUGAUCUUCAGGAAGAAAAAUCUUCAACGAAAGUUUAACCGAAUUAAUUACCUUUUUCUUUUUAUUUUUCUAUUUUAGUUCAAAUUUUACUCAAUAUAAGUAAAUGUUGAACUUUUUUUAUGAAGUGGCGCCGUCUGAUAUCAGUACAACAUAAUCAAGUACAAGUAGUUUAUCACAUUAUUUCGUAAACUAUUUAUGAAUGUUAUACUUAAAUUAGGUAAUGCUAGUGAAUAGAAACAUCAACAAUGUGUAGAUAUUGCCUUCAGUAAACUAGUCUCAAUUUUAAUUGA